GUCAUGCUUUCUGCCGGUAACUGAGAUGAGAAAAUCACCGACCGGCCUUUUCAGCUGAGUCCGUCAGCAGGGCAGUAUCAGCCGCCAAGAAGGAGAGAAACUAUCCUAUACAAUCCUGCAAAAUGAUUAUCUACAAGGACCUCCUCACCGGAGACGAGAUGUUUUCGGACAUCUACAAAAUCAAAGAGACCGACAUGAUGUACGAAGUUGAGGGAAAGAUGAUCUCAAGAUCGGUAGGUGACAUUGAUGACUCGCUUAUUGGUGGCAAUGCAUCAGCAGAGGUCCAGGAUGAGGGGACAGAGUCUUCCACUGUCUCUGGAGUUGAUAUCGUCCUGAACCAUAAACUUUCUGAGAUGCCCCCCAUGGAUAAGAAGGCUUACAUCGCUUAUGCCAAGGAGUACAUGAAGGCAGUCAAAAACAAGCUGCAGGAGACCAACCCUGACAGAGUGCAAGCUUUCCAGGACGGUGCAGGGGCUGAGGUGAAGAAGAUCAUCGGCAAAAUCAAGGAUUACCAGUUUUUCUGUGGCGAGUCCAUGAACCCAGACGGUGCUUACGGUCUCCUAGACUUCCGUGAGGAUGGAAUCACACCUUACAUGCUGUUCUUCAAGGAUGGCCUGGAGGUUGAGAAAUGCUAAAUUCUCCAAAGCGGUUCCCGGUUGCCGUCCACUGGUGGCCAUUUGGCCGCGGUGACUCUGGCAGAGUUCUCAUUCCUACCAUCACCAUCAUCUGCCUGGACUAGCUGCCCUUUUUAAAAGUGACAUUGACAAGAAGUUUAUCACCUUUUUUUUUUCUUUGUUUUGAUCUGCCCUAGGGCCCUCCAGUGGUCCUUUAUUGGUAGGCUACGGACAGCAUUUUUUGAGGCAAGUGCACUGGGAAUAUCUGCAAGGCUGUGCACGAAGUUCACUUAUUCUAUGACUGACUGGAGGACAGUGACUACUUGCUUUGCCGUGUAUCUGAGUGCAUCAGUUGUACAGAAUAUUUGCCCCCUUACCCCCCUACAUCUGAAUCACAGGAUUGUAUAGGUAUUUCUUGGCACCAAUUACAACAGAGUUGAACUGCUGGCUAAGGAUAUUUUUCUGGCUGUACUUAUGUAUUCAUAGGUGGCUGGCAUGAACACAGCUCCUAUAAAUGACCAUGUACAAGUAAACAAAUAAAACGUACCAAACCGUGAA